UUACCCUUUCGAUAGUGAUCACAUUGAGUAAUCCAAAAUUGUGGGUGCGGACUUCAAUCGGAUUGUCAUGAGUGAACCGAUGUCGAGUGGUGGUCUUCGCUUCAUUUACAACGGCCUGCUGCUGACGACGAGCGGAUUGGCGAUGCGCCAUCUAUCGUUGGAACGCCAAACGUUCGCCUUUGUCGCCUGUCUGGUGGGCGGGGCAGCAGCACUGGUCGGACUCUGCCGUGCGCUGUUCGGGAGCAGCACGACGAUCACGGGACGCAGCAGGGCACGGGAUGUGUGCCAAGGUAUGCUGGAACUAGUACCGCUGCCCCUGAUCAAUAUGCAGCUGUAUGAACAUCGGCUGGGUUUGGGUAAUGUGGUGUUGGCCCAUGGCAUAUUAUUGCUGCCGCCGCUGCUGCUCGAACUGCGCUGCUCGCUGGUCAAGGAGCGCAAGAAUUGCGAUCUAACGGAGACGUUGCGUGAUCUCUCCAUGCUGGGCAACAUUGUUUCGCUGCUCUUUCUUGCCGCGCGGGAGCAUAAUUUUCUCUAUAUGCGCAUGGGUCUCGUUAUGCUGCUGGUCAAAUAUUAUCCGGUACUGGCCGAUAGCGCACAGGAGGAGACCGGCGAGGAUCUGAUUGUUUGCGGCAGUGCCCUGCUCUUUCAUCAGCUCGGCCACGCUUUGGCCUGAACAAUAAUCAUGUUGUUGUCUACAUCUUUUGCGGUCAACCCUCGUCAAGGCACCUGCCCCGCCUCCAUCUACUCGUACUACACUCCGCUUUAGGGUUUCGGCUCUAAUUCUCAAUUCCUUGAAUUCACUUGGUUUUGUAUUAAAUUACCUUAAAGCACC